AUGAAGCUAGAGAAGGAAGCUGCUCCCUAUUAUGAAUUGCUGUAAUAAAUAGACGGGGCCAGCCAUUUAUUCAUUAUUGUUGCCUGACAAUACAAGUUGUGUUUGUCAUGAAUUUUAUAUCGAUUUUGCCAAUAAUGACAGCUGUGCCUGAGGACGACUUCCAUCCAGUUGUGAAAGAAAUCCCCUGCCUUCAUUUUGUACUUAUUGUGAUUGCAGUACUGCCCUAUCGCAUCAGUCAUCAACAUUAAAUAGCUACUUACAAGGAACCCUUUCCGUGUGGAAAGGGGUGCAGCGUGGAAAACUUGGGUGCGUCAAUGUUGAAUGGAACAGACUCGGACACUUCCACAAACGAAGACUUGAUACACUAGACUUGCCAUCAAAAAAGGAAAGGAAAGGAAAGAAAGUGAGCUAUGUCACUACCAUACAUACAGAGACGCUCGUCUCUGCUAACAAAUAAGAAAGCCAAUGGAGUGUUGCAUCCGCAGAACCUUCAUGCCAAACUCUGGAACAUUACAUAGUUUUAGCAUGUUGAAAGCCUUUAUGAUCUCUCUUGUUGCAGGCCUUGCAACAAAUGUUGAGGCAAGCGCGUGCCCUCCUUUCUCUUGCGGUGAUCUCAGAAAUAUAUCAUAUCCUUUCCGUCAUCUAGGUGAUCCACUUGGAUGUGGUGCCGAAUCAUGCGAGCUGAAUUGCAGUGGUCGCAGAGCUACAAUUCAUAUCAACACAGCGACAUACUUUGUGACUGAAAUCAACUAUGCUGAUUCUUCCAUCAACUAUUAUCAUGGUUCUUCCUUGAACUAUGAUGAUUCUUCUUUUCAGGUUGUCGACACCACUUUAGACAUUCUUAGCAAUUGCCCUUAUCCCCUACCUAGGUGGAACUAUUUCCCCAUUCUACCCCGAUCAAUCAAUCCUUAUGGUCGCAUCGAUUUUGAUACUAAUCAAUUUUUCUGGGCAUGCUUCGUUAAUUGUUCUCGAGCAAUAACGAAUAAUAGUUGGUACCUCCCUGUUACUUGCCUGAGUGCGAGCAAUUCGUAUGUUUAUGUCCGUACUGGCAUCUUUUGUAGCGUUGGUAGUCUUGAACCCACUUGUGGAUACUUGGCCAUGAUUCCCUUAGAUGAUUUUUUGGAGCAGAAUGUAAGUUAUGGAGAAAUCGUGGAAGUGAUGCGAAAAGGAUUUCCUAUUCGCUUCCCUAGUAGGGUCUUUGAUGAGCAGACAUUUUCUGGGAUUAUGAGGACAUGCUUAAAUGAAUCGAGCAGAUACUUCCAACAGCAAAUAUCUAUGGCAGGUAUGUUGAACAAGAGUCGUGCUUUUGUACGGAGUGAGAUACAGUUCUUAGAGUGCCUAUACGAACAGCAAAUAAAGUUAUUCGGGGUUGCAGUAGCCUUAGUAUCUGUAGUUGAUGUCAUCAAGUACAUUAUAGCACUUGCCUUGUUAUUCAGGCUCAUUGUGCCUAUGGUAGUGUGGGCAUUCCUUGCCCACAAAUUCUGGCAAACAAAGAUAUCCAUUGAUGCUGUAGAGAAGUUUCUCCAAAUGCAACAUGCUCUCGGUCCAAAGAGGUAUGCCUACAGCGACAUCACUGCGAUCACAGGCCAUUUCAGAGACAAACUAGGGCAAGGCGGCUAUGGCUCCGUGUACAAGGGUGUGCUGCUGCCAGGCCAUGUCCAUGUUGCCAUCAAGAUGCUAGAGGGAAGUACCAACUGCAACGGAGAAGAUUUCAUCAGCGAGGUCUCCACCAUCGGCAGGAUCCACCACGUCAAUGUGGUCCGCCUUGUGGGGUUUUGCUCGGAUGAGAUGAGGAGGGCGCUGAUUUACGAGUACAUGCCUCGAGGUUCUCUCGACAAGUACAUCUUUUCGGCUGAGAAGAUUUUUUCCUGGGACAAGCUCAGUGAGAUCGCUGUGGGCAUUGCGAGGGGUAUCAACUACCUGCAUCAGGGUUGCGACAUGCAGAUUCUCCACUUUGACAUCAAACCCCACAACAUCCUUCUUGAUAGCAAUUUUGUCCCCAAAGUUGCUGAUUUCGGUCUUGCCAAACUUUACCCAAGGGACAAUAGUUUUGUGCCAUCGAACGCCCUACGUGGAACUGUUGGGUACAUAGCUCCUGAGAUGAUAUCACGGAGCUUUGGUGUCAUAUCGAGCAAGUCCGAUGUUUAUAGCUUUGGGAUGCUGCUGCUAGAGAUGGCAGGAGGAAGAAGGAAUGCUGACCCGUAUGCAGCAAACUCAAGCCAAUCCUACUACCCGUCAUGGGUUUAUGACAGGCUAACAGAACAAGAAGUAGGUGAGAUAUCUCUUGUUGACGACAUGCAUGAGUUGGAGAAGAAGCUGUGCAUCGUUGGACUAUGGUGCAUUCAGAUGAGGUCUGAUGAUAGGCCGACGAUGAGUGAGGUGAUAGAGAUGCUUGAAGGUGGCGUUGCUGGCUUGCAAAUGCCCUCUAGGCCAUUUUUCUGUGACGAAGGACACACACAUGUUGAGGAUUCUUACCAUUUGGCAUCCGAGCUGACCCCAAUCUCUGAAGAUGAUGAGUGAAAAAAAUAUAUAUCCCUGUGUACUACAUGCGGUGCUGCACUUAGCUUCUGAGAAGCUGAAGUUAUGGUCGUAGUUCUACCAAUUAUGAAAUAUAAGUGUUUCGGGCUCCUGCGAACUUUCAUGCGGAAACAUGUAAUAGCUAGCAGUCCCUCCUGCUGCUAUGUACAUUAUAAAGGGCUAGAAUGUAAUAAGGCAUGCAUGGUCUCGGAACUACAGGCAAUGUCCAGUUUCCUGCUAUCAACGUCCACUGUAAAAUUUUGUACUGUCACUCUGUCAGAUCUUUCAGCCUGUUAAGCAUAUAUGCCACAAGGUUUUAUACCAUUUCAACAGUUACACGGUCUCUAGCUCUGAGACCAUUUAUAAAGCAUGGCCAAUGCCUAUUUCGAGAGACAUUGCCUUUAUAGUGGGCAGCAGUCAUAAUCAUGGAGAAAUUCAUAGUUUCCAACUGCAGAAUGCUACUCUGCUGCCGUGUAUGCCACGAGGUUCUGUGCCAUCUCGACUGUUAUACUCAGGCUCCUGGAGGCUCCUUGCCGUCCGGUCCUGUACCAUCAGCAAUGAAUGGCCCAAGUAGUGGGCAGCAGUGGCGACCUCAGUCCCAGGGCAAAGAGUUUCUGCCUCUGCGUUCCAGGCUGUACAACAUUCGUACGAGUGACUUAGUCGAAAAUAAAUGACCUUGCACCACAGGGAAUGCUGCUCUGGUGCCGUGCUCUAUGAUCACUGAUUUCAAGUCACAGCUGAGAGAACACACAGAAAUAUAAGUUCAGAUGGUACUUGGGGCUGAAACUCUCAAGCCUCGUGAGAGGAGCUGCCAAGCACAACCAUGUAAAAAAGGGGAGACAAGAUACAACGGAAUCUGACUUCAAAUGAUACUUGG